GAAAGAAAAUUUAAAAAAAAACUGCAAAAGGAACGGCCCAGGGAAAAAAACGGCCCAGAGAAGCACAGUGCGGGUGCGCCCAGCAUCGGCCGAACUGGUCUAUCGGCGCCGCCCUUCACGCCGAGAGUUCCCUCUUUCUCGCUUGCUCACUCGCGUCGACGACUGGGCUACCGGCGCCUCCACCCUCCGCCUGGUGUCCUUCGCCGUCGACGAGCGCACACCAGGGUACAGUACGUAUUGCUCGUGAUUUGUGUAACUACGGAGCAAGCUGCAUACAGCACAAGAUAGAAGAUGGGUAUCCUUGAGAGGAUCAAGGAGAUUGAGGCCGAGAUGGCUCGGACUCAGAAAAAUAAAGCAACAGAAUAUCAUCUUGGACAACUGAAGGCAAAACUAGCAAAGUUGAGGACACAACUAUUAGAGCCUCCAAAGGGUUCCAGCGGAGGUGGAGAUGGUUUUGAAGUCACAAAGUUUGGGCAUGGUCGUGUUGCACUUAUUGGAUUUCCCAGUGUUGGAAAGUCAACUCUUUUAACGAUGUUGACUGGGACACAUUCUGAAGCUGCAUCAUAUGAGUUCACAACGCUUACUUGCAUUCCUGGAAUUGUUCAUUACAAUGAUACCAAAAUCCAGCUUCUUGAUCUUCCUGGUAUCAUUGAAGGAGCUUCUGAAGGCAAGGGGCGUGGUAGGCAGGUUAUUGCUGUUGCAAAGUCAUCAGAUCUUGUGCUGAUGGUUCUGGAUGCCUCAAAGAGUGAAGGACAUCGUCAAAUAUUAACUAGAGAACUGGAAGCUGUUGGACUCCGUCUUAACAAAAGGCCUCCCCAGAUAUACUUCAAGAGGAAGAAGACGGGUGGGAUUUCUUUCAAUACCACUGUUCCUUUGACUCAUAUUGAUGAGAAGCUGUGCUAUCAGAUUCUGCACGAGUACAAAAUUCACAAUGCUGAGGUGUUAUUCCGUGAAGAUGCUACUGUGGAUGAUCUCAUUGACGUUAUCGAAGGGAACCGAAAGUACAUAAAGUGCGUCUACGUAUAUAACAAGAUCGAUGUUGUUGGUAUCGAUGACGUUGAUAAUCUUGCUCGGCAACCAAAUUCACUAGUGAUCAGCUGCAAUUUGAAGCUGAACUUGGACAGACUACUUGCGAGAAUGUGGGAGGAGAUGGGCCUAGUGAGGGUGUAUACAAAGCCACAGGGCCAGCAGCCUGAUUUCACAGACCCCGUUGUUCUUUCCACCGACAGAGGUGGCUGCACGGUGGAGGACUUCUGCAAUCAUAUCCAUAGAAGUUUGCUCAAGGACGUGAAGUAUGUGCUCGUAUGGGGAACCAGCGCAAGGCACUAUCCACAGCAUUGCGGCCUCGGCCAUGGCCUUAACGACGAGGAUGUCGUCCAGAUAGUAAAGAAGAAGGAAAAGGAGGAGGGUGGGCGAGGCCGGUUCAAGUCGCACACGAACGCACCUGACCGGAUAUCUGAUAGGGUGAAGAAAGCCCCACUGAAGACAUAAUAACGGGUUCCCUGAGCGCGUCGUGAUCAGCUUCUCCAAACCAGAUGGACAACACAAGCUCGGUGGGAGAUCAUAAAAUCUGGAACUAGCUGAGCCGCGGCGUGCUACUUGUUUUGUAGUACCAGAACAGAAGGGGCCACCGCCAUGUUUGGAGUACUCCACCUUCCACAAUACCUACACCAAUGCGGCACCACCAUGAACACUGCUGCGUCUUGCUCGUAUGAUGUGGGCUUAUCACUGUGUGUUACCUGCUAUAUAUGAUAUGAUAAAUACUUGCCAACUCACGGAUUCUGCGUCUGCUUAUUAGCAGCAGCCUAGCCUUUGUUGUGGGAAACAUUUGUGGGUACCAACGCGAGGGCAGUUUGAGAAAGGUCCGAGCCGACAUCUUGAGUGUGAUAGAUUGAACAUGAGGGUGAAGGGGAUUACAAGUUCUAGUAUCACCUUUAUGGGAGGGCAAGGGAUAAGAGAUGAUCUAAAUAAUAUUGUUCAUUGGAUUUGAGUGAGUCUAGUGAUCUAAACCGUUAGUUUUGAUGAUGUGUUAAGUUUGGAUAUAAUUUGUUUUGUGGAUA